AUAAAUUAAAGGAGGCCAUAGCCCACGAGAUUUCAAGUGUUUUUGUAUCCAAAGAACAUUUCAACCUUAUCAAUUCACACUAUAGUAUAGUAUCGUCGAAAUUAUGAGUCUCAGAAAUGUUUUCAUUACUAGUACAUUUAGAAAUAGAUUUCUUCAUCAAAUACGAUCACUCUCAUGCUGGUCAUGUGGUAAUAAUUUGAAAAUGGUGUCUAACUUAUUCUGUUCAAAUUGUAAUACAUUACAAAAACCUAAUGAACGUGAUAACUUCUUCAAAAUCAUGGGUGUGAAUGAAACGUACGACCAAGAUGAAACGGAACUAGCCAAAAAAUAUAAGGAAUUGCAAAAAUACCUUCACCCUGAUAAGUUCGCAAACAAGAACAAAACAGAACAAGAAAUAUCAGAAAAGUACUCCUCUUUAGUUAAUGAGGCUUAUAAAACAUUGUUAGAACCAUUAGCAAGAGGUAUUUAUAUGUUGAAACUAAGAGGUCAAGAAAUACCUGAAAACUCAGAAGUCGGCGACCAAGCUUUCUUAAUGGAAAUUAUGGAGAAAAAUGAAGAAGUAGAAAAUGCAGAAACUGAUGAAGAAAUCAUGAAAUUAAAUAAAGAAAAUAAGGCUAAAAUUAGUGACUUGCAAAAACUAGUUUCUCGAGCAUUCUUUGAUGGUGAUAUGAAAAGAGUUAAGAAGCUAUUAAUAAGAAUGAAAUAUUACACAAGUAUAGACCAGCAAAUACAGGCUAUGAUUAGAAGAAAAGGAAUAUUUAGUUAACUAGUCAAAUAGUAAUAAGAACCAUCGAUCCAAUCGCAUAAAACAUCAAAAAUUACCUAUUAAUUCUACCUGAAUAUUUUUAGAUGUUUGUGAAUAUAUGUAGAUAGUAGAGUAUUUAUUUUAAAGAAAAAUGCUUAAAAAAUUCACCAAUCCCA